UCUGGGCACCGCCUCACUCCUCCUAAGCUCUGCUCUGCCAACGGAGAUUUAGACUUGGAUCAGCCCGAGCAGGCAGCGCAGGCUCAGCAUGCAGGCGCUCAACAUCACCGUGGAGCAGUUCUCCCAGCUGCUGAGUGCGCACAACCUGACUCGGGAGCAGUUCAUUCACCGCUAUGGUCUGCAGCCACUGGUCUACACUCCUGAGCUGCCCGCGCGCGCUAAACUGGCCUUUGCGCUGACGGGAGCACUCAUUUUUGCCCUGGCGCUCUUUGGCAACUCUCUGGUGGUCUACGUGGUGACCCGCAGCAAGGCCAUGCGCACCGUCACCAACAUCUUCAUCUGCUCCCUGGCGCUCAGUGAUCUGCUCAUCGCCUUCUUCUGCAUCCCGGUCACGAUACUCCAGAACAUCUCCGACAAGUGGCUGGGUGGCGCCUUCAUCUGCAAGAUGGUGCCAUUCGUCCAGUCCACUGCCGUGGUCACGGAAAUCCUAACGAUGACCUGCAUUGCUGUUGAGAGGCACCAAGGACUUGUCCAUCCUUUUAAAAUGAAGUGGCAGUACACCAACCAAAGGGCUUUCACAAUCUUGGGUGUGGUCUGGUUGGUGGCCAUCAUCGUGGGAUCACCUAUGUGGCACGUUCAACAACUUGAGAUCAAGUACGACUUCCUAUAUGAGAAAGAACACGUCUGCUGCUUGGAAGAAUGGGCCAGCCCCGCGCACCAGAAAAUCUACACCACCUUCAUUCUGGUCAUCCUCUUCCUCCUGCCCCUGGUGCUGAUGCUGGUCCUCUACGGUAAGAUCGGCUAUGAACUCUGGAUCAAGAAGAGAGUUGGAGACAGCUCAGUGCUGCAAGCUAUUCAUGGGAAAGAAAUGUCCAAAAUAGCCAGGAAGAAGAAGCGGGCUGUGAUUAUGAUGGUGACAGUGGUGGCUCUCUUUGCUGCGUGCUGGGCUCCUUUCCAUGUUGUUCACAUGAUGGUUGAAUACAGUAAUUUUGAAAAAGAAUAUGAUGAUGUCACAAUCAAGAUGGUUUUUGCUGUAGUACAAACAAUUGGGUUUUUCAACUCCAUCUGUAAUCCCAUUGUGUAUGCAUUUAUGAAUGAAAACUUCAAAAAGAAUUUUUUGUCUGCAGUUUGUUAUUGUCUAAUAAAGGAAACCUUUUCUCCAGCUCAGAAGCACAGAAAUUCAGGAAUUUCAAUGACGCAGAAGAGAGCCAAGUUAUCGCGACAACAGCGUCCAGUAGAGGAAACUAAGGGAGAUACAUUCAGCGAUGCCAACAUUGAAGUCAAAGUGUGUGAGCAGCCAGAAGAGAAGAGGCAUCUCAAGCGACAGCUUGCUUUCUUUAGUUCUGAACUUUCUGAAAAUUCAACUUUAGGCAGUGGACAUGAGUUGUAAUGAUAUCUUCAUAAUUAAUAUCAUUUGUAUGGAAAGUUAUUUUGAGCAAAAGUCAAAGACUAUUUUUAAAUGAUGACAAGAAGGGAAAUAAGGCAUGUUUUCCACUUAAACUGACAUAAUACAUGAAACUAUAACUUUGAAAAAUUAUUAAAACAGCUUUGUACAUUAUUAAAGUAGAUUUAUUCAAGACAUCAUACAUAAA